CAACCACAGUCUUCUAGGAAACCAGAUUAUAAUACAAGUGAAGAUGACUACUUCAUCACCUUUGACAAAAUCAAUCCCAAUAUUAAAGUUAUGGAAUACAUCGUGCGAGGACCAAUUGUUAUCAGGGCGGCUGAAAUUGAAAAUGAAAUCAAACAGGGAGUGAAGAAGCCGUUCUCACGCAUCAUCAGAGCAAAUAUUGGCGAUUGUCAUGGUAUGGGACAAAAAUAUAUUACUUUCAUCAGGCAGGUAAUAGCCCUGGUGGCGUUUCCUCCUUUGAUGGACAGUCCUGAUUUUCCUUCUGAUGCAAAGGAAAGGGCAGCAGCUAUUUUAGCAAGUUGUUCGGGAAAUUCGGCUGGUUCCUAUUCCGAAUCAACAGGUAUACCAAUUAUUCGACAACAUAUAGCUGAGUAUAUCCAAAGGCGAGAUGGCGGCAUCCCGGCCAGUGCAGAAGAUGUACUACUUACCUGUGGAGCAACUGGGGCGAUCACAGAAUUGAUGCAAUUGCUGGCAUGCAAUGAAGGCGAUAAAAAAGCAGGUAUUCUGGUAUCCAUUCCUCAAUUUCCAAUCUAUUCGGCGAAUGUUGCCAAAUUCAAUAUGGGCCAGAUAGGAUACUAUUUAAAUGAAUCAGACAAUUGGGCUCUUGAUAUGAACGAACUCGACAGGGCCGUCGAAGAAGGAAGAAACAAUAAUAUUUUACCUAGAGCCAUUGUUGUAAUGAAUCCUGGAAAUCCUACAGGACAAGUAUUGACAAGGCGUAAUAUAGAACAAAUUAUUAAAUUCGCUCAUAAAGAAAGACUGAUGAUCAUGGCUGACGAAGUUUAUCAAGACAAUGUUUACGCGGAAGAGUGCGAAUUCCAUUCAUUCAAAAAGGUUUUGAAAGAAAUGGGCCCACCUUACGAUCGCAUUGAAUUGGCAUCAUUCAUGUCGACAUCUAAGGGUUGGCAUGGAGAAUGUGGUUUGAGAGGAGGUUACAUGGAAAUUAUAAACUUGCAUCCUGAUGUUCGGACAAUGUUGCUCAAAGCAGCCUCCACCGUACUCGGACCAGCCACUCUUGGUCAAGUGGCAGUUGACGCUGUGGUGAAUCCACCUCGACCAGGUGAACCUUCGUAUGAUCUAUUUAUUAAAGAAAAGCAAAACGUGCUCAACUCUUUAGCUGAGCGAGCUCAACUCGUAGCCGAUGCCUUCAACAGUUUCGAAGGUUUCUCUUGCAAUGUUGUCCAAGGUUCGAUGUACGCUUUUCCCAUGAUCGAACUGCCACCAAAAGCCAUCGAAGCAGCUCACAAGGCUGGUAAAUCACCAGAUGUAUUCUAUGCAUUUGCCUUGCUGGAGAGAACAGGUAUAUGCAUCGUGCCAGGAUCAGGAUUUGGGCAAAAACCAGGGACUUAUCACAUCAGAACGACAAUCUUACCACAGACGGAUAUGCUGAAGGAUAUGUUAAAUAAAUUCGCAGAGUUUCACAAAGAAUUCUGUGCACAGUACAGAUAAAUCGUACUCGUGAAA